AUGUCGAUGACCGAAAAAGACCGGGUGGCCAUUAAUGAACUUCGAGAAGCUGUCAAAGAACAUGUAAGUUAGAUAUGUUUCGGAUUAAUUUUUCACAAAGAUAAAGUAUUUCAGUUGACACCUUAUUAUGAUACAGAUUUCAAUUUGUUGCGAUGGUUAAAAGGACAUAAUUAUAAUUUGGAAUUGAUCAAACCAAAAUUAAUCAAUCAUUUGUUAUUCAGAAAAUCUGAUUGGGAUUUGGAUAAUUUGGCAGAUAAACCAAGAGAUCAUCCAGUUCAUAAUCAUUGGAAAACUGGGUUGACUGGAGAAUCUGGAAUUAUUCCAAAUACAAUUGUAAAUAUUGAACAAACUGGAUCAAAUGAUUAUUGGGGAAUGUUGAGUAGUUAUCCAACAAAUGAAAUAUUGAAGUGAGAAAUUAUCAGAGAAAAACUUUUUUACAACUGGAGUAUUUUUAUAGAGCUCGAGUUCAUGAUUUGGAAAGUAUGCUCCGCGCAGUUAUGGAACUCGAAAAGAAAACAAAUGAACAAUGUUCUGUUGUUUAUAUAAUGGAUUUGACUGGAAUAAAAAUGGACACUAAACUAACAACUUUGUUAUCUGGAGGACUUGCUGCAAUUUCAGCAUUUAUGGCUGAACAUUAUGUUGAACUUGUUCAUAGUUUUGUUCUUGUAAAUGUCCCUAGCUUCAUCUCUGUAAUCUGGUGAGUUUUUCAUUCUGUUCAAGUUUCUUGAAAAACUAAAUUGAAGGACAAUCGCUAAGCCUCUUUUGCCGGAGAGAACUAGAAACAAGAUCAAUAUUUUGAACAGUAGUUGGAAAUCCGAAGUUCUAAAAAUCGCUGAAGGAAGAUGUUUGCCAACUUAUUGGAACGAAGAUGAAUUAGACGGAGUGAGUAAAAAAAUGUUUAAAAAAACACAGAUGAAAUAAGCUCGAAAUUUCAGCCAUUCACAGCUCCAAUUGAGAAAUGUGUGCCAUUCCCUGUUGAAAAUUAUUACAAAGAAAGUGUGCCAAAAGAUGCAAAACUGUUGAGUGUAGGACCAGGGAAAACAGGACAUGUUGACAUUGAUGUGAAAGAGGUAAGAUUAUUUUGGGAAUACCAGGCAGGUAUAAUCGUGAGAAAAAUAUUUUGUUUAUAGGGACAAACAUUGUCGUGGGAAAUUCAUGCAAACGGACAUUUUGCUUUUGCGAUUUAUGAUCAAACUGAAGUUGGAAAUUCUGAUGAAUUAAGUGUUUACAAACGAGUCUAUCCAUUGUUUAGUGUAAGUUUUUUUCUAGGAGAAAAAUUAAGAUCUUAUCUUCGGUCACAGUUUUCAUUUUUUACAGAAAAUACCCGGUCCAACUUUAGUACCUUGCGUUGAUUCGAUCAAAUGUAAAAAUUCUGGAACAUAUCGUUUCUGGUUUGGAAAUCAACAUGCUUGGAUUCACACACUGAAAAUCAACUAUGUUUUCAAACUUGAGUAA